AUGUUUGUUUUAGAUGUGGAGACCACUUGCAAUGAGGACAAGGCACAGAGAGAUCGAUUUAUAACAUUUGUCCGAGCCAGCGCUGGUUUGAUCACUGAGCCUGUACUGAAGGAACGUUUAGAUCAGGAAACUCUGGAAGCUGUUGGCCUUAUCUUUUCCAAGUUGCAAUUCCAGCAGAAAUAUGUCAAGACCAAGACAAAGCUAUACUAUAAGCAGCAGAAGUUCAACUUACUACGAGAGGAAAGUGAGGGCUACUCAAAACUGGUGACAGAACUAAAUCAAGAAGUACCCUCAAGUGUCACAUAUCAACAAGUGCUAGAAAACAUCAAGUCUCUUAUAGGCUGUUUUGAUCUGGACCCUAAUCGGGUGUUGGACAUAAUGCUUGAGGCCUUCGAGUGCCGCCCAGAACAGGAGUCAUUCUACAUUCCACUUUUCAAAGAUUAUGUCACAGACAAACUGACGCUUUGUCAUAUUCUGGGAUUUAGAUUUCACGAGCAAAAUCAAGAAAUUGAUUCCACAGCGUCACUGUUCCGAGUUGCAGCACUGCUGUUGAGACACAACUUGGUACAUCUAGAAGAUCUCUAUCCACAUCUCCUGCCAUCAGACUCUGAUAUUAUUGCAUUCCAUGAAAAAGAAUUGGCUGAUGCUAAAGCCUACCAGCGUAAACUAAACAUUGUGUCGUUGUCUGAUCGGAAAGAUGACGACAAGGAUAAGGAUGACAUGGUCAAUAUAGACCUGCGUACUAAUAACCAGAAGAUUGGCCUGUGUGAAGCCUUGCUGGCUAUUGGUGCAUGGGACAAUGCAAAGGCUGUCCUUGACCGAAUGCCAGAGUUCUUUGCAAUGUCAAGCACAUCCACUGCCCAAGCUUUGUGUCAACUGAUACACUCACUCGUAGAACCUCUUUAUCAGCAGAACAGUGGUUUAUCAAGAGUUUUGAUGAAAAAGAGAGACCGAAGGUGGAAGGGUAAGAUAUCCCCUGAUGCUGUCACAACGUUUCUACAGCUACACCAGCGAGUCAUGCCUAUGUUUCUCUACCUGGGACCACAUGCUUCGCGGGAUCCAAUACUCAUGGCAAAGUUCAUCCGACUUGGCAGGACUUUCAUGACCAAGCGUCAUGAAGGUGGCGUGGGUCCGGAAGAUGAUGUUGCGUACUAUGGGUUCCUGAACAUCUUGGAUGAUGUCAUCCUGCCCAGCAUGUGUCUCCUACCCUGUAAUUGCUGUCUCACUGAGGAGCUAUGGGGACUCCUGAAACUCUACAAGUAUGAACUCAGAUACCGUUUGUAUGGUCACUGGAAGAAUGACUCCCAUCAGCAUCAUGCAAUCCUCAUCAGGAGAGCGGACUGUCUGGAACGAGCCAAGUACAUCAUGAAGCGCUUGUCCAAAGAAACAGUCAAGCCAUCUGGUCGACAAAUUGGAAAACUUAGUCACAGCAACCCAGGGGUAGUGUUUGAAUAUGUUCUGUCUCAAAUCCAGCGCUAUGAUAACUUCAUCGGCCCGGUUGUGGACUCACUCAAGUUCCUCACGUCCUUCUCCUAUGAUGUCUUAGCAUUCUGUAUAAUAGAAGCCGUGGCAAGUCCUGAAAAGGAGAGAAUGAAGCAUGAUGACACAAACAUCUCCUUGUGGCUUCAGAGCCUGGCAAACUUUGCUGGGUGCAUCUGUCGCAAGUAUCAGGUGGAACUGGCUGGGAUCAUGCAGUAUGUGGCCAAUAAACUCAAGGCAGGCAAGAGUAUUGACCUGCUGCUGUUGAGGGAGGUGGUACAGAAGAUGACGGGUGUGGAAAUAUCUGAGGAGAUCACCAAUGACCAGUUGGAAGCCAUGACGGGAGGCGAGCUGCUCAGACAGGAGGGAGGCUACUUUGCCCAGGUGCGCAACACCAAGAAGUCAUCAACUCGCCUGAAGGAGACACUUUUGGAACAUGACCUUGCUCUGUCACUAUGUCUGCUCAUGUCCCAGCAGAGGAACUGUGUUGUCUUUAAGGAAGGAUCCAACAGGCAUCUCAAACUUGUGGGGAAACUCUAUGAUCAGUGUCAGGACACACUGGUUCAGUUUGGCAGCUUCCUGUCCAUGCAGCUGAGCACGGAGGAGUUUGUGAAGAGACUGCCCAGUAUAGAUGUCCUCAUGACCACGUUUCAUCUACCAGCUGACUCGGCAUUCUUCCUGUCCAGGUCUCUCUAUGCACAUGGGAUCAAUGCCAAGUAUGAAGAAAAGAGAAAGAGUGAUAAAGGCCAGAAAAGUAGUAGUCAGACAAAGAUUCAACGCUAUAUUGAAGCAUCUGAAGAAGUCCUGAAACCAACCAUUGACCUGGUCCAUUCUCUAUAUCCAAGCAAAGUGUGGGAAGACAUCAGCCCUCAGUUCUACUUGACUUUCUGGUCUCUAUCAAUGUACGACCUGGCAGCCCCGACUCCAGCGUAUGAGAAACAGAUUCAGCAGCUCAACAGCCAGAUCAAUGCCAUUGAUGAUAACAGGGACAUGCCCCAGAGCAAGAAGAAGAAGGAGAAGGAACGAUGUAACAACCUGAUGGAGAAACUUAAGGAGGAGGAAAAGAAGCAGAAUGAGCAUGUCAAUCGAGUGAUGGCUCGACUCCAGCAUGAACGUGAUCACUGGUUCCUGUCACGUGAGGGUUCCAAGAGUGAGGCGAUCACAGAGGUCCUCCAGUUAUGCAUCUUCCCUCGAUGUUGCUUCACAGCCAGUGAUGCUGUUUUCUGUGCCAAGUUCAUACAUGUGCUUCAUGAGCUGAAGACACCUCACUUCUCAACUCUAAUCUGCUAUGAUAGAAUCUUCUGUGAUAUUACCUAUACUGUGACCAGCUGCACGGAAAAUGAAGCUAGUCGGUAUGGACGUUUCCUCUGUUCUGCACUCGACACCAUCAUGAAAUGGCAUAGUGACAGUGCCAUCUUUGAAAAGGAAUGUUUUGGGUACCCUGGGUUUGUGACGGUAUUCAGGAAGGCAACCAAGGAUAAAGAGAACAGCAACAAGGCAGAUGGGUUGGACUUUGAGAACUACAGACAUGUGUGCCACAAGUGGCAUUUCAGACUGACAAAGGCAAUGGUAGCAUGUCUGGAAUCCCAAAACUACAUCCAGAUCAGGAAUGCUCUCAUCAUCCUGACAAAGAUUCUACCUCACUACCCCCGCAUCAUGCAGUUUGGCCAGGCGUUGGAGCGGCGAGUAGAUCGUCUCAGUAAGGAUGAGAAGGACAAGAGACCAGACAUAUAUGCUCUGGCCAUGGGAUAUUCUGGUCAGCUGAAGAGCAAGAAGCAACAAUGGAUGCCGGAGACUCGAUUCCAUAUCAAAGAUGUUGAAGCUAAAAAGACCGCCCAAGCAGCAGCAGCCAAUGGCUCUGGGAUCAGAACAGAUGCUGCAAAGGAUGCGAAGAAACGUGAAUCAAAUGGUGGUAUGAAAGACGGGAAGGAAAACAAGGACAUCAAACAGGGUAAGGAGAGUGGUGACAAGGGAGAUAAACCUGAAAAGAAAGACAAGUCAGAGAAGAAGGAGAAGAAAGAUGGAAAAUCUAAGUCAGAGAAGAAAUCCCCAGAUGAAGGGAAAGAUACUUCAAGCUCCAAGUCUUCAUCCAAGGACAAGGAGAUUGUGAAGGAGAAGUCUCACAAGGACAAAUCUGGGGAGAGGACCAAGGACAAGUCCAUGACAAAGGAGGAACGUGCAGAGGCUAAGGCAGCUCGGGAGAAUGGCAAGUCGGAGAAGAAGAAGGGUGAGAAGAAGAGUAAAGAGGAAAAGGUGAAGGUGAAACGUGAGAAAGAUGACAGUGAUCGGUCGGAGAAGGAAGAAUCCAGAAGUAGCGUAAGCAAGGAGCCUGGAGAGAGAGUAGACGAGCGGAUUAUCAGCAGUGGCAGUUCCCUGAGGCAUAGUACAGACAACUCUCCUCGAUAUGGCGAUGAAAGAGAUUCCAAACGGAGGAAGAUUGACGUGUCAGCGUCAGGUUCUAAGGAGCCUGUCCAUGAGGGCAAGUCCAAACAUAAGAGGAGCCCUUCUUAUGAAAGAGAAAAGGAGAUCUACAGAGAGAAGGAGAAGAAGGAGAGGAAAAGGGACCAUUCACUGGAAAUGGACAACGAGACCAAGAGGAGGCGCAGCGAAGAUUACACAAAAACGUCCAAGCUGAAUGGUGAACCCGAUCGGAGACGCAGCAGGAGCCGGGAACACAGCUGGGAGAGAUCCAGUCCAUCCAUGCCAAGGCGUGGCAAUAGGGAAGUCUUUGAUUCUGACGAGUCCCCAGCCAAGUCUAAAGUCAAAGUGAAAAAAGAGAAAACUUCAUCUUCCAAGAAGAAAUGACCUCUGUGAUAACAGACGAGCAGGACCAAGACUCGUCGUAACAAGUUUUGUAUAUGUUGUACAUACAUACACACAAAGUAUUUUAUUUUUGUGUACAGACAUUUCCUCUUGAGACAGGUAUACCUAAUUUUCUAUCAUCGAUGGUGCCUUCAUGUUUACAUAGAUGAAGAAAACACAGUAUUAGCGAGAAUGUCACAGUAGUGUGAAUCUCACGACAGCAGAUCAAACAGUCAUUUGUCAAUAUAGCCAUUGACUUAGAUAAAUUGUUACAUUGUGUCAUGACUUGGUUAGGUUGGGGGUAUUUUUUGUCACAUGUUGAUGAACAUUUUCAUAUCACUUUGUUUGAGAAUGGCCUGUUUGUAUGUGCACUGUUUCUGGAUGAAAAGUAGUUGUUUCAGUUGGACAGAUGUUUGGGGUGUUGUGAUAUGCUUUGGGAUGCAUUUGUGAAUCAUCACUACCCUAAACAAUAACUGAAGGUUACUGGAUUGUUAGACAUAUUGACCAGAAAGAGGCCAUCUGACUUGCUCAUUGUUCUAAGCUUUCCUGUGUUGAGUUGUAAAAGUGCUGAAUCAGCAUUGACUCGUGGCUGCAGUGUAAUGUGUGUAUCAAA